AUGGAGGAAGUCACCGACCAGGACCAAGAUUCAGAGUAUGGAAACGAGCCACAACUUGAUGCAAGUCAAAGAGCCGCGGCGGAUGAUCCAGAAACGCACUCUCAGUCCGGCUCCGGCUCCGGCUCCGUCGUCAACUCGCACCCGAACCCGAACCCGAACCCGAACCUGAAAGGACGGAUCAAGCAAAUGCUCUGGAACCAAGCGGCACGCGAAGCCGGUCUUGAAGGUGUGGACGUGAUGAACCGAUAUGCUCCCGACGGCAAAGAGGAGGCAGUCCUGAUGCGUGGUGGACGAGUGUGGGGUGGAAGCUAUUAA